AUGAAGAACUAUGGAAAACUGAAAAGCAAGAACAAAAUCAAGCGCAUCGAAACAAAAGGUCAUUCAUAUGUGACGCCGUAUAACUCGCUCAUUGGCCUCGAAUGGAUACGAGCGAAUGAACAGAUGAAGUAUCCCUUGGAGAUGAUGACAGCGGAAAUAAAGGUGACACCCAUGGUCAAAAUCGAAGAAGAGUUGAAGAAAACUUAUCCAGGAGUCGUUGUAGAAGGAUUGGAGCGCUGCACAAAACAACAAGUUUUUGCAGCUUUACACAAAUGUGUGCCCAGUGUUCUGUAA